CUUUCGGAAUAACUCGUGGAUUUACGUUCUACGAUUUAGUAACGAUUUUGUGACAGUGUCUCGCACUCGCUCGAUUAAUAUUUAAAUUAUGAUUCAACCUUUGCUGCCUGUGGACAUCGAGGUCUCCUGCUAUCCACAAAGGUGCCUGAGGACCAUGGAGAACGUUGAGACAUUGAUAGACGACCUGAUUGGUGCUGGAAAGAAAGAAAAGUGUGGAGACCAAAUAUUAGCAGAACCUUUGUUUAUGAUAUUAAAUCAUUUUGCUCGCAUGGAGAAAGAACUGAGCGACCUUCGUGAGAGGAACAGAGACGUAGAGGAUCUAAGAGCAAAAGUCAAGGACUUAGAGAAUCAACACGUGAUUGAGAUGAGAAUCACGCACGGAACCAUAAACGGACUGAUUCAGGUAGUCUCAAAUAUCAUGGCCGAAAACGAGGAUCUGAAACAGCAGAUUCAGAGCUUUCGUGGCUGCCACCACCAGGAAUUGGCGCCAGCCUCCAGUGAGAAUUGGGACGAGGACUGCAGUGAGAACUGGGACGAGGACUGCAGCGGCCAGGGCGCUGACCAAGGCAGAUUAGAUGAGGCCGACCUUCCGAGGCUCAAAGACUUCGAGCCGCUCCAACUUCUGGGGACAGGAGGUUAUGGAAAAGUAUACCUAGUGCGGAAGGUCGGCGGCGUAGAUGAUGGCACUAAAUAUGCUUUAAAGACGCAAGACAUUAACGAAAUUAUGUCUUGUGAGGCUUUCCGCCAGCAAUAUCGUACCGAACGAGAGUUACUCGAGAAGGGCCUGGAGGCUCCAUUCAUGGUUGGUCUCUAUUAUUCAUUCGAGACACAAUCGAACUUGUGCCUCGUACAAGACUAUUAUGCAGGUACAGGUUGCAACCUGUUUGAUCUGUUGUGGGAGUUGGGAGGAAUGUUUACAGUUGAUGAAUCAAGAAUGUACCUGGCAGAAAUCAUUGAGGCUGUGGAGUAUCUGCAUAAGCUUAGAGUCAUACACCGCGACCUAAAACCAGAAAAUAUAUUGGUGGACAUCCAAGGCCACAUUGCUGUUGCGGAUUAUGGCCUGUGCAAACAGUUUGUCUGCUCUAAAGAGGGUGAUCGUGCGUAUUCGCAGUGUGGCACAAGUCAGUACAUGGCGCCAGAGAUAUUCAUCGGCGAAGGCUACAGCUAUGAAGUGGACUGGUGGAGUGUUGGAGUCACUGCAUUUGUAAUGAUGGUCGGGCACAGGCCCUUUGAAUAUGAUGAACAUCAAAAUGAUUCAGCACUUUGUUGCAAAAUAUUGCAUGACAAGCCUGACAUACCUUUGUGGUUCUUGGACUGUGAAGUUGACCUUAUUGAAAGAAUGUUGAAGAAGAAUCCAAGACUUCGCUUAGGUGGGGGGAAACGCGGAGCUCAAGAAAUCAAAGAACAUCCAUUUUUUGACGGCAUAAACUGGGGCGACGUGUCAAAAAGGCAGUUACGGAUGCCACAUUCUCUGGAUUUUGAGUGGGAGGGCGUCAGUGACAUUAAACAUCUUGGAGAGCACAGCGUGUCAUUUCUGUCGCCAGGCGAUGAGAGUGGCAACAACGAGGGGAGGGAAAGUGAUUUGUCUGAAGUUCUGUUAUGAUUUGCAUAGCAAUAAGGUUUAUUAGCAGUGCCAAAUGUUGCACUAUACCAACUAUAACGCUUUUACGGUCUUAAAAUGUAAUGAUGUUGUGUUUGUCCUAAGGCCUUGGCUAGUAUUUGCGUGUGUGAAUGUGUAUUGUUUUAUUGUAACUGACAUCUUCACAUUCCCAAAAGACAUUCCUUGCUC